AUGACCGUGGAAGCACUUAAAAAAAUAGGUAAGAAGCUGAAGAAGCAAGACUGGGAUUUCGGCGAAGAUCCUUGCAGUGGAUAUGGAAACUGGAGUGUUCUAACUAAUCCUCUUAUCCGGAGCAGUGUCAUCUGCGAUUGCCAGCAGUCCAGCUUAUCGUGUCACGUUAUUGAAAUCGUUUUGACGUCGCAGAAUUUAACAGGCAUUAUCCCCCCAGAGUUUUCAGAGCUGCGUUAUCUUAAAUCUCUGAUCCUUGACCGUAACUGUCUUACUGGUUCAAUUCCAAAGGAAUGGGGUUAUAUGCAUUUGGAAGAGUUAUCUUUUUUGGGGAACCGAUUGUCUGGUUCAUUUCCGGAAGUGCUAACACGCAUCACAUCGCUCCGAGUUCUAAACCUCGAAGGAAACCAGUUUUCAGGACCAGUCUCUCGUGAGAUUGGAAAGUUGGUCUAUUUGGACGAACUAUAUCUCUCUUCCAAUUCUUUCACUGGCCCUUUGCCUGAACAAUUUGGACAGCUCAAGAACCUGACUCAUUUAAGGAUAAGCGACAAUAAUUUUACCGGACGAAUACCAGAUUUCAUUGGAAGCUGGAGACACAUAAGUUGGCUGGAGAUGCUUGGUAGCGGUCUGGAUGGUCCAUUACCUUCUAGUACUUCGUCCCUGACCAGCUUGGUCAACCUCCGGAUUAGCGAUCUAGGAGGGAAACUGUCCUCUUUCCCCGCACUGAAGAAUUUGAAAUCUCUCCAGAUACUGGAGUUGAGGAGGUGCAACAUAAUCGGGCGGCUUCCAAUAUAUAUUGGAAAUAUGACGGGACUUAAAACACUGGACCUCAGUUUUAAUCUCAUGACCGGCAAGAUCCCUUCAUCCUUAGCCAACCUGAAGUUAACAGAUUACAUUUACUUGGCAGGAAACAAGUUCACAGGGAGUGUUCCAAGUGACUUUAUCGAAAGAAACAAGCAUAUAGAUAUAUCUUACAAUAACUUCACCAUACCGAGUUCAAUUCCUAGUGGUGAUUGUGACAAAACUAAUAAUGCGAAUUUGGUGGAGAGCUUCUUCGGGUGGAACGAAUCGUAUAAGCAUACCCCUUGUUAUUUCCAACACUUCCCUUGCCUUUUGCCUAAAAGAAAGCAUAAGUAUAAGCUGUACAUAAACUGUGGGGGAGAUGAGGUAAAAGUCGAUCGAGGGAAGAGAUACGAAGCUAAUGGAGAUGGCCAAAGAGCGUCUAUGUUCGUCUAUGGUGCUGACAAGCACUGGGCAUUUAGCAGCAGUGGUCACUUCAUGAACGAUCUUACGGAAGUGGAUGAUUACACCGUGUCCAACACGUCAACACUAUUGGUCGAUGCUUCGUCUCCAAGUUUAAUGCUUUACAAGACCGCUCGGAUUUCUCCUCUCUUGUUGACCUACUAUGGUCUCUGUCUUGGCAAUGGGCAGUACACUGUGAGUCUCCACUUCGCGGAGAUCAUCUUUACCAACGACAGCACAUUCUACAGUCUUGGCAAACGAGUGUUCGAUAUCUAUGUUCAGAGAUGCUGCUGGUGGAACGGGCAAGCCAAUCAUAAAGACAUUCGUGGCACACAUUUUAAACCUCCGGCGCAUCAUCACAAGAAGAAUAUCCUACUAUUAGUAGGAAUCAUAGUUGCAGUGGUAAUCAUCGUUUUGGUUAUCGUUGUGAUAUUCUUAUGGAAAAGAAGGUGUGACAAAAAUGCAAUGGACAGAGGUAUAGUAGACGUUUGGUCUCUUAACAACUAUGCGAACUUCAUAGCCUACGUUUUGCAAGACAGUGGGUGCUUACUAGACCUGGUUGAUCCAGCGCUAGGUUCAGAUUUCUCCAAAGAGGAAGCCAUGGUGAUCUUGAGUGUGGCCCUGAUGUGCACCAAUACGACCCCGGCGCUAAGGCCAAUAAUGUCGCAGGUCGUGAGUAUAAUGGAGGAAAAAACGGCAAUGAAAAGCCUUUCGUCGCACGGCGAAGCCUCCACGAGCCUGAACCCUCACGAGAAUGACAACUGA